AUGGACUAUCCUUAUUACCCCCCUGGUGUAGCGAUUCCUGCCUACAGACCUAAUGUGACGCCGCUACUCGUGAUACUCGCGUCAUUUGGCAUCAUCCUCGGGGCCGUUCUGUCCUUUGCCUUGGUGCUGGCAAGAAGGCUCCGUCCCCAGUUUUGCAAUGCGUCUGCGUCGGACCAGUCACGAUUUCUCUGGUUCGUCCUAUGCUACUUUGUCCUGAACCACGCCACGCUUGCGGGUUCCCAGAGCCUGGUGGCUCAGCUGUGGAAGGAGUAUGCACUCUCGGACUCGCGCUACCUAACGUCUGACCCCUUCACGCUCUGCGUUGAGGCCGUUACCGUGGUAGCUUGGGGUCCGCUAUGCUGGGCGACGGCGGUGUCGAUCGUGCAGGGCAGCGGCAGCCGCUACCCGCUGCAGAUGCUGAUCUGCCUGGCGCAUCUGUACGGCGUGGCGCUGUACUACGGCACCGUUGGCGCAGAGGUACUGCUUCACGGAGUGUCCUACUUCAGGCCCGAGCCCUUCUACGUCUGGGUCUACUUCAUCGGCAUGAACGCGCCGUGGGUUCUCGUUCCGGCAGCCGUCUUGUACGACAGCUUCCAGAAGAUACAGGAUGCUGUGGCCGGUGCAGCCAAGACCGCUGCAUUAAUGCAGCCCUCCAGUCGGCAAAGUACCACGAGAGCAGAGCCCAAAAAGCUACGGUAA